CAUUCACAUAUCAUUGUUUCUGUUUAGGAGGUGCGUUCCACUGAUUUGUGCAUAAUAUUUUAAAAAUAUUAUAUUUGAUUCAUGUUGUUAUCCAAUUUAUUCUAACCAUUUAAGGUCAGCAGUAGCAAGACCACUAUGUCCAACAUAUCCAAGAGGAGGCGGGAAGGAUCGCGGUCCAAGAUCAAGAGUAUGGGAGACCACAAAGAGUUUCUGAACCGCAUCACUAAAACUCUGUACUACGGUGAACUGCCCUCGCUACCCUGUCUGAGUCUCCCCGUCACUGAGGUGUCCUGCGCACUAUGGUCCGCCGCACAGCAGGGUCGGUCGCUGAGACGUUUGCACGGCGACGCGGCGGCGCGCCUCGCAUAUGACGCGCGCGUGUCUCCGUGCGCGCUUGUUUUGGCUCUGUUAUACUUGGAGAGGCUGCGACAUCGCAACCCUGCAUACGUCGCCGCCGCCGCGCCCGCUGACCUCUUCCUCGUGUCGCUGAUGGUUGGCAAUAAGUUCCUUCAAGACGACGGCGAGGACGCGGAGACGCUGGUGGCGGAGUGGGCGGCGGCCGGCGGGCUGACGCCCAAGGACCUCAAGCGGCUGGAGAUAGACUUCCUAAAUGCUAUUGAAUGGAACGUAUACGUAAACAACGAGAGCUUCGAAUCGGGUCUGUCCUGGCUUGAAAGUCAAGUGGCGUUAAAGCAGGCGAAGGAACGAGGAUUCUUCACGUACAGCGACUUAGCAGCCGCGGGGGGAGAUGCGGGGGUAGCAGUAGUGGGCACCGCGGCGGCCGCCCUCGCGCUGGCCUACGUGGCCGCGCUGGCCGCCUCCGCCUGGCUGGUGUCCUGCGCGCUGCCGCUGCUGCAGCCCGCACGGCUGCCCGCCGCACACACGCCCGCCCCCGGCCUCAACGCCAGCCUCCCCUUCCCCGACCCGCCUCGCUGCUGCACAUCCUGGCUCAACUAUCAUUCCACUGUAAAUACCCCCCCGGUUUAUCCGAUCGAUUUACAACAGCCGUGGUUUAACAUUAAGACUGAUUUCACUUGGUACCGCAGCUCUUUAGUGGACCCGCUUCAAAAAUGGCUGGAAAAGCUCGAUGAGUAUGCCGAUGAAUAUAUUUUUAAAUCUAAGAGGUGCUCGUAUGAGCCCGCGGCGCACCCGCGCUGCGUGCGCCAGUGGCUCGAUCUUAGCAAGCUAGGUGGUCUUGUUGUUAUAUCGGACCGAUAAUAUAUUAGUACUUCCAGCUCGGUUCCAGAAAAUACUGAAUACCGUCUCGUUCUGGUUUACCAGAAUAAAGAGACAGUAGUAACCCUUUGAACGCCAUGACUCUUAAACAAAAAUAUUAUUCAAACGCUAACAUUACAGAUGGAUGUGAAAAUGCAAACAUAAAUCUAAGGUCGUAACGGUUAUAAACGUUCUUGGCGUUGAGCACGACGACUUAAGGCGUUUUUGGCGUCCAAAGGGUUAAACGUGUGUUUCUGCAACUGAGGAAACCGAUCGCUCACGCUUAUCUGUCCUUUGCAUUAUUUAUUAAGUAAUCGCUCAAUAGCAUUUCGUUGUUGAACAAAGCAAUAAUUGUUUUUCAUGUUUAAUUUUAGUUUUGUGUGUGAGCCUCCGUUUACGUUUGACGUAGCCCCGUAUUUUUAUAAUACUAUUUGAGUCCUGUUCAAAUGAAUGCGUUUACUUUUGAUACCUGUAUCUCAUACAUCGCUAAUGUAUAGAUCAAUUUACAAGUUUUCACGCUGAAAGUCUAUGAAAAAUAUUUGUACAAAUCUCAUGACAACUCAUGAUUAUUAGUACAUGAUUGAUAAUAGUUCUUCGUACAGAACUCUCACUGUCUAACAAAACCGAUGUUUGACAGCUGGAGGUCACGAAUGUUGUUGUCCCUCUCUAACGUAUACGACGUUCUACGGCUGUCUAGGUUUGACAGUAAUGCAAGAUUCGCCUCUGCUGCGAUCAUUACAUAAAAAAAAAUACAAUUCCAAGUUGCAAAGUAAUCUUAAUAUUGUGUCCAUUUUAUUAGUUACCAAAUGGCAUUGGAUAUUUUGUAAAAAAGUGUUUUUGAGGUUUGUGAUUGUAGAUAAUCUUGUCAAAUUGUAAAUAAUACGUAAUAUUUUUGUAUGUCGUCCUUGGUGGUGUAACUGCAAACUAAAAAAUAAACUACUUCUGCAAUAUAA